AUGUCGUUAAACAAGUCGAAUAUAAGAGAGUAUAAACUCGUCGUUGUUGGUGGAGGUGGUGUCGGUAAAUCUGCUUUAACGAUUCAAUUGAUCCAAUCCCAUUUCGUUGAUGAAUACGAUCCAACAAUUGAAGACUCAUAUCGGAAACAAGUUGUGAUUGACGAUAAAGUUACCAUUUUGGAUAUUUUAGAUACUGCAGGUCAAGAAGAAUAUUCUGCAAUGAGGGAACAAUACAUGCGUACAGGUGAAGGUUUCUUACUCGUUUACUCAGUUACAUCCAGAACAUCAUUUGACGAAUUGUUAACCUAUUACCAACAAAUUCAACGUGUUAAGGAUUCCGAUUAUGUUCCUGUGCUUGUCGUUGGUAACAAAUCCGAUUUGGAUGAAGAACGUCAAGUCUCCUACGAGGAUGGAUUGCAUAUGGCUCAACAGAUGAGUGCACCAUUUUUAGAAACUUCAGCCAAGCAGGCAAUAAACGUAGAAGAAGCAUUUUACACGUUAGUACGUCUAGUGAGAGACGAUGGUGGUGCUUAUCAUAAAUCUGGUAGACGUAGAAUGACACAGGGUCAAGCCAACGACAACACGAAUUAUGUUGGUGCUGCAGGUGCUGCAGGCGGUGGCUCGGUCGAUGGAUAUCCAGGUGCUGCGGACAGUGGUAAUUUCGCUGGUAAUACAAGUUAUACUCAGGCAAGCACAGUCCCAGAUUCUGUAGUCAGAAAACAAACGGGAAAUCCUACUUCUGCAGCGGCUGGUUCCGGACAGCAGACUGGAUCUCAGGCUGGUGCUAACAGUGCGGCAAAUGAUUCUAAACAAACAAGAGCUCAACAAUCUCAAGCUCCCGGUAAUACAAUGAAGGAAUCGAAAAGUGGAUCUAGUAAGUGUUGCGUGCUUCAAUAG